AUGUCUUCUAGUGAGGAUGAUAGCGAAGAAGACACAUGCGAUGAUCCUCAAUUAAAAUCAUUUCAUAACUACUUGAGGCAGGCUCAAAAAAUUCUGUGCGUGGUUGGAUCAGGAUUAUCUCAGGAUUCUGGAAUUCCUACAUAUCGGCUGCAAAAUGGGUCGUGGAAAGGAUACACAUCACUCGAUUUAGCUACGCCUGAAGCUUUUCAAUCAAAUCCAGGGCUUGUUUGGCUUUUCUACUCAAACAGGAGGUAUAUUGCUAUGAAAGCAAGGCCGAAUGAUGGUCAUUAUGCAUUGGCUAGUCUUUCAAAGAAGUGUAAAGAUUGCAGAAAGGAAGUUCUCAUAGUAACACAGAAUGUGGAUGGUUUACACCAGAAGGCAGGCCAAUUGGAGGAAGAUCUCUGCGAGCUUCAUGGCAGUCUCUUCGAUCUGCAAUGUACGUCUUUUUUCUGCACUUACAGGGGUAAAAAUACUAAAUCUCUUUUCUUGACGUCUUCCUUGAGGGAGCAUACCCCUCGAGAUGUUGGUGUGAAAAGACGAUAUCGAGAUCAAUUGUUUCCUAGCAAGAAAAAAUCAAAGAAAAGCUCAUUACCCCUAAGCAAUAUUGAGAGAGAAAAUGACAAAGAAUCUGGGAUGAGCUCCUCCGAUUUUGAUCCUUUACCUCACAUCACUAAAGAAGAUCUCCCGCAGUGUCCACAGUGCAAGGAAGGCUUGCUGCGACCUGGUGUUGUCUGGUUUGGUGAACCUCUACCUUUAUCACAAAUGGAUAAAGUUGACAAGUUUUUUGUUAAGGAAACAAAUGACCCAAACAAUUCCUUUCCAUUAGCUGAAAAAAUUGAUUUAGUUUUGGUGAUAGGCACAAGUGGCAAAGUAUGGCCUGCAAUGGGAUACGUCGAAAGAUGUAGACAAGAUGGUGGGAAAGUCGCCAUUUUCAAUACCAAAAUAGAUGAUAUAAAAGCUGUCAGAAAGGACAAGAAUGUUUGGGGCUUCCAAGGUGAAGCCUCAUACUGGCUUCCCAAAGCGUUACAACCUAUAAUUGGUCGCAACAUUCAUCCGAGAAAUCAGCAACAGAGGUAG